AUGGCUAAAUCAACCACAGAACAGAUUGAGCACCAAGUAACCCCCAGCAAGGAUCUCAACCUCCAACAGGAUGUACUAUAUCAAGCCUAUGUGGCCAAGAGCCCAGAAUGGCAUCAAAAGAUGACUAAGUCUCUUCUACGCAAAGUAGAUCUGCAUCUUCUCCCAUUUCUGAUUCUCAUGUAUCUUCUGAAUUUCUUGGAUCGCAAUAACCUAUCCCAGGCCCGUCUCGGCUCGCUGGAGAAGGAUCUGGGAAUGAAGGGCACAGAUUAUAACCUGGCAACCAGCAUCCUGUUUGUUGGCUAUCUUCUCAUGCAGUUGCCUUCUAAUCUGCUUCUGACACGCAUUCGUCCUUCGCGAUUUUUGGGCGUUGCUAUGGCUAUUUGGGGCGUCAUUUCGGCGUGUCAAGCAGCCACCACGUCUUUUUCCGGUCUUGUGGUUUCUCGGUUCUUUCUCGGGUUUGUUGAAGCCCCAUUCUUCCCUGGGGCUAUUAUGCUGAUGUCGAGCUGGUACACGCGACAAGAACUUAGUCAUAGGAUUGCCUGGUUCUAUGCAGGAAGCUCCCUGGCCAAUGCCUUUGGUGGCCUGAUUGGCGCCGGGGUUCUGGGUAAUUUGAAUGGAGCACACGGGAUUUCUGGGUGGCGCUGGCUAUUUAUAAUUGAGGGAUGCAUCACAGUCGGUGUUUCCGUUCUGGCGGCCAUUUUCUUGCCAAACUACCCUGCGACAACCUCGUGGUUGGACCCCCAGGAACAAGCUUAUGCACAGUGGCGCCUUAUCAGCGAUACAGGUGAAGCUGAUGAUGCUAGUUCUGCCAGUAUCAAGGAAGCAUUGACUCUCGUUUUCGUCGAUAAGAGGAUUUACCUGUUCAUUUUUCUGCAGCAUACUUCUCUUCUGUCCCAGACGUUUCAGUACUUUUUCCCAUCCAUCGUGCAGACGCUGGGGUAUAAUAAUAUUGAGACACUUUUGAUCACAGCCCCCGUCUGGAUUGCCACGUUUUUGGUCUCGCUCUUGGUCACUUGGACGUCUGGAAAAACAGACGAUCGCAGCAUACAUAUCAUCUGCUUGAUGCUUGUCAGCGUUGUGGGCGGGAUUAUUUGCACUGCGACAACAAACAUCGGUGCAAGAUUCUUUGGAAUGUUUCUAAUGCCAAUGGGGGCUGUUUCUGCAUAUCAAAUCAUUAUUGCUUGGGUUGCGAAUUCGUUUCCUCGACCUCUAGUAAAACGGUCCGCUGCUAUUGCUCUGUCCAACAUGAUUGGAAAUACUGCUUCAAUUUACGGGAGUUACAUGUGGCCAUCUUCUUCGGGUCCUCAGUAUAUUCCUGGGGGAAGUGCAACUGCGGCGAUUGCUCUCCUAGUCGCACUAUUGGCCUUCAUUACCCGCCUGGUUCAUGUAAAGAUGAACAAACGACUGGAAGAAGCAGAGUCUCUACAGGAUAUCGGCUCUUCGGGUGAUUUGGAAACUCGCAUUACCCGAUUC